AUGGCUGUGCUUUAUGAGGCCAAACUUGAUGUGGCGAUGGUCCACAGCGGCAUGGACACAAGAAACGUAAGGCAACUAUCAACGUACAAAGCAAUGAUCGAGCAAGCACGUGGUGCUUAUCUUUCUAUCGUAUCAGGUCAACUCACCAGGGCUCAACCUUCAAAGGUAUUUUUGGCAUGUACAUGCCAUGAGUAUGGCCAUGUCGAAAGCGGAUACCGAACAAGCAAACGGACGCUGCCUACGAGUUGGACAGCGCAGACCUUUUUAUCUUCAAUUACCGCAUUUCAGACCGAUCCAGACAACAUUGGCAAGAUGUGCCACAGCAAAGACACUCCUGACGAUAUUAAUAAAUGUGCUAUGCACAGCACAGCAAAACAAAAAAGCGUAGUAAACAGAGUAUUGGAUAACACUUUCAGCUGUGCCAUGCACGAUACAACAAAGAUGUCAUCAUCUCUUGCAUCCAUUUAUGCACAGUGA